UAGCACAGCGCCCCAGGAGAGGCCCUGUCGUUCAGCUGGCAUUCUGAAGUGGCAUUCUAGAACUUCGUCGUCGCUGUGCAGUUAGUUCGAGGAUCAGGAUGUUUUUUUGUGAGUACUUUGCUGAAAAGUUGAUUGUGGACUUUCUUUGACAAAUAUGUCAAUCUUCGUAACAACUCAGCACCGUUACCUUUAUCAAGAGAGAUGACGGCAGUAAGAAUCGCGGGCCGACACGGAAAGUUAUGUCGCGCUUCCUCCUGGCGCGGAAGGCUUCUGACAGCCACGUCGGCGUCAGUUUUUGUCGGAAAUGGCAGCACACUCAUAGUUUGUCAUGCGUUACAGAGGCAACGUAUGCUUCGACGCGAAACUGCGAGUAUUCCAGCAGAAGCGGAGCAGCCAAAAAGGGAGCGAGUCACCGAAGAUGACGCUUCGAGAAAUUCGGACGACGCGGCGCAGACCGCACAUGCAGCAGAAGGUACGACGAAAAACAGCAUAUUACCACAUCAUGACCAGCAGCCCGGAGAACGCGACUUUAGAGCCUCAUUUAUUGAGGGCAGCCAACAGGAGGAGGCGUCGCCUUCAGCCAAUGAGCCUUGGACCGAUGCUGGCGGAAGAAUAAACGAAGAGAAUAGCAGGCCUUCUAGUAGAACUAGGACUAGUGGUUUCAUUAGCAAUAGCGGUUCCACGAGAACAUCUUCAGUUUCUCAUGCUCCUGCUCACCCUGGUCACGACGAGCAAGUGGUACUCGAUCGACAAGCCCUAGCACACGCCACAGGUGGCUCCUCUUUUGUUGCCGGGUACGUAGAGAAAGCGGCAGGAGUAGGAUCCGCACCUAAAGAAGAAAACGGAGAGACGAAAGGCGAAGAUGACAAGGCUGCUUUGAAGAAGGCCGCGGAAGAAAAUGCAGCUCAAGUUCUCGGCGUGGCGAAUGGUUUGUUCGAUACGUUGAAGAAGACCCUGGACAAUCUUCACCAGAUUCUUAGAAUCGCCGAGAACUCAGUUAUCUCUGAGGUCUUUUUCUUUUUGUGACUGUCCACUUUGACUGUGUUUCAAAUCUGUGCUUCUGUAAUUUCAAGACAAACAUAUUUAUUAUGAACGAGCCACCUCUAAGAUCUAUGCAUGUUUAUGUAGUUUUUUUUAGCUGCAGUGAGUCUUCAUAGUUGGUGUGUAUGUAAUAAUAUAUUGCUUGGGGCUUGCUUUAUUGAUAGAAGAAAAUCCCAAGUAGGAUUAUGUUUUGGUGUCUAUAUUUUUCCUUCAGGACGGUGACGGCCUGAAAGCGGUUCCGGAGAUUGGACAAGCGCUUCAAGGCGGCGGAGUAGCAGAAAAAGCAGCCAACAAUGUGAAUCUGGCCAAGGAGAUCAACGAACUGAAACGUAAACAGUAUGCGGAGAUGAAAAAGGCCCAAAGAAAAAGGAUCAAGGAUCUCCCGGUGAAGGUAGAAAUAAGAACAACAUCAAACGGUGAGGUUGUCAGUGUACAACCUGCACCUCGACCUGCGGAGGGGAAGAAGAGUCCUGCUGCGGACCAGGGUGACAACAUGAUAAAUGAGGAUGAUGACGAGGAGGAUAGCGAUCGGAGGAGUGGUCAGGAGGGUAGUGAAAACGUGCACGGUAGUGAAAAUGACGCUUCUAACGAUAAUCGAGCAAGUGGUGCAAAAGGGUCUAAUGACACUGAGACAGCCGAAGAGGAAGAACCCGCCGACUUGAGCCCAGGCUCACCUGCUGACAAUAAGGAGAGCAGCGCAUCCGACAGCGAGGAAGAACCAACGCGUCCUACAACAAGUGAUGCGGUCAGGAGUCCUCCCGGAAGCGCUUCCACUGGGGCGGGCGCGCCCGUACCAGCGGCUACCGACGUGACGGUGGAUGAAGAUUCACCGCGGGGUAAAGCUGUAGAUGUAGUAACCAACCUAGACGAAGAGCCAUCGCCAUCCAAUGGUAAUAGAUAUACGGAAUCAACGGCCGCCGAUAACAGUUGGAAUGUAUUCACGGAUUAUUAUGGGGGAGAAAAGCAUGAGUGGGACCGCAGCUGAAUGAAUGAGAAGCAGAUACUUGGAAUUAAAGACCCUUUUCGAUCCUUGUGAAAAAUACCCCAUAAUUAUGACUGCGAUAAAUAGCUGGACUAUCUUGGCCUUGGCGAUAGGUACCUGAUGCACCCCCACUUCGAAGGUGUCGUUACUCCUAAUGGCGCGUGGUCCUCAAAAAUAAUAUCGUUCUUGAGAACGCGACAUCAGGGUUGCUG